CUCCAAACACACUGAAGAAGCGAACAGAGGCAAAUUCAGAACCCAAGGCAGCCUCGGCGGCGACCAGCGGCGGCUCCGGGCCGCUGGACGCCCCUGCGACGCCGGAGGACCGACUGAGCGGCGCGGUCAGCCCCAGCGCGCGAGUCCAGGCGCCCAGACUCUCCUCGUCGAAGGCGCUCAGUCGACACGAGCGCAGGCGGCGGAAGCUGCAGGCCCUGCUGGCGGUGGUGCUGCACAAUGACAGGACGCGGGAUGGAGGCAAGGGAGCGGCCUCCGGCGAGCACGAGUGUCGGGCGGGAAAGCGGCCCCCGACGGCAGGCUCCUCGGCGGCAGACACGACACAGGCGGAGCCGUCGGACGAGAUCAGCGCCGACGACUACCAGGCGAUGCGCACCUCGCUGCGGCGGAAGCGGAGGAAGGAGCGGUGUCCGGAGUUCCAGCUCUCCUCCACGGGCGACCACGCCUCCCUGCUAAUGGCCGCCCACAGCAGGACCCCCAUCUUCAUGCGGGACGUGCAGACGCUGCUGUUAAACGCGGUCGUGCCGGACCACGCGCCCUGGCCCACCAGGUGGUGCAACCUACUGAACGCGGACCGGAUCUCCCGCACGGUGGCCAUGGUGGUGGACGGCCUCUCCCUGCGUGACCUCCAGCUACACCAGGACCUGAUGAAGUCCACGCUGACCCUCUUCCCGCAUCAGACGGAGCUGAUCUCGCCGGCCCACUACGGCACCAGCGUAGCCGAGGAGAUCCUGAACGUGCCGCUCAGCAUGACGCAGAAGCACCGGCUCGUUCAGCAGCUGGGGAGUCUGGACGGAGCCGUGCAGGCGGGCCUCAUCCACCGGCAGUGGGGCGACACCAGCGCCCCUGGCGGCGGCGGCAGCGAUCUGCCCCAGGCGCUGCCGCAGCCGGCGGCCAUUGGGCGCACGGCGCUGCUGCUGGACAUCUCGCAGCUGAUGGAGGAGGGCUACCCGCUGCCUGGCGCCGGCCUCUACAGCAAGGCCUUCCGCGGAUUCGUGCCCACCAAGGACAAGUACAAGCCGGUCACCGACGACUCGCCGAUGUUCGCCGUUGACUGCGAGAUGUGCCUGACGCGCGAGGGCAGCGAGCUCACCAGCAUCUCGGUGCUGAGCGAAGCCGAGGAGCUGGUGUACGGCACGCUGGUGCGGCCCGACAACCCCAUCACCGACUACCUCACCCGCUACUCGGGCAUCACCGCCGAGCGGCUCGAGGGCGUGACCACGAGACUGGAGGACGUACAGCGUGACCUGCGGCGCCUGUUGCCGGCUGACGCCAUCCUCAUCGGCCAGAGCUUUAACAAUGACCUGCGCGCACUCCAGAUGAUGCACCCGUACAUCAUCGACACCAGCGUCAUCUUCAACAUCACGGGCGUGCGCCACCGCAAGACCAAGCUGUCGCUGCUCUCCUACAUGUUUCUUGGCGAGACCAUCCAGAACGACGAGACGGGCCACGACGCCACCGAGGACGCGCUCGCCUCCCUGCGCCUGGUGCAGCGCAAGCUGGCGCGCGGCUAUGCCUACGGCGACGCCGCGCAGGGCGGCUACGUGCCGGCGAUGAACGGCACCGGCCCGGAGCCGGCCGACGACGGCGCCCUGCCCGCCGCCGUCAAUAUGGACGGCUACUACACCAGCCUGCUCAGCCGCAUGGACGAGGUCGGCGUCACCACUGCGAUCGUG